AUGGAGAUACCUUUACAAACCAGCCCUAAUGGCUGCCCCGCAUUUUUCGAGAAUGCCAUGCUUCUUGACCUCGAAGGAGCUGGGACUGGACAUGACUCUCACCAAACGUGCCCUGAUAUGUUUGAUCUACUUCCAGACUUUGAUUCCGGAAUUGUGGGAAAUAGCCUGUUUGGAGAGAACUUUAUUCCAGACUUGGAACAGAUUGUACAAAAUGACUUUUUGCUUCCUGUGCAAGAGAAUGAACAUCACUUAGAGCGUGAGUACCUCAACUCUACUAAGAGAAGGGUAUAUGCUUUCCAGCGUUCCUUUUGGUGGGAAGGUUCGCAAAAUACUGGCAAUGGGGAUACUAGGUUGGUAGGAAGUUCAGAGCUUGAACCCUCGGUUUUAUCACCUCACUCCAUCCCGAGUAAUCUCACUUUUCACGAGAAACUCUCAUCGCGAUUAAGGGAUGAGCUCUUCCGACUCAUCGUUAAAACUGGGGAUGAUACUUUAUCAAUACCAGAGCUUCCUACUGUUGAUCACCUCGAUAUCCUCAUCAAGAUCGGCCUAGCAAAGAAGGUCGACAUCAAUCCAUGGAUUCAUCUUUAUACCUUCUAUAGCAAUAGCCCAAGACCGGAACUCAUCGCGGCUCUGGUGUCAACAGGGUGCAUCUCAUGCUUGACCCCCACAAUGAAUAAGACGGGUAUAAUUAUGCAGGAAGUUGUCCGAGUGGCAUUGCGGAAUUUGUCCGAAGCAGAUAUUGAAGUCACACGAGAUCUUCAAUAUUUGCAAGCAUCCAUGAUGUGGCUGGAAAUUGGCUUCUCGUGUGGUUACAGGAGAAAUAUGCGUAUGACCGAAGGUGCCCUUCAAGCUCUGGGUAUAGCCUUGCGUCGAUUAGGGGCCUUUGACUCAUCCUCGUAUAAACCCAUCAAUCCGUGUGAGAUAUCUGAUGACGAUGCAAGUACCCUGGAUUAUAUAUGGAAGCAGUGGAUUAAACAAGAAUCAUUCAAGAGAUUGGUGUAUUACUUUUUCUGCCAUGAUAUAGAGGUGGCAGCAGCGAUGAAUCAGCCGCCGACAACAUCAUUUGCGGAACUUACUCUUUCUUUACCAGCAGCACGAGACUUAUGGCUGGCUCCAACGGCAAGCACUUGGAAAGAUAUAUGGACGGCCAGAUAUCAACCACCAAGACCAGAAAUAAGUCUGAGAGACCUGCUAUCAGAUCCUACUCUUUUAAGGGAUCUUCCCAUGCAUUUGGAUAACAGGGUUGCAAGUUCGGCCCUGCUGCAUGGGCUAUUAGGCAAGGCCUGGGAUCUAAGGCAGCAGAUGUUGCUUGGUCGUCGUAGCGCAUCUAGACAGCCGGCCCGUAAACUGCUAUUGCUGCAGAGCAGACAGGAGGAUCUCUACACAGAUCUUCAGCAAAUCCGGGAUGCUCUUGUGGACUCGCCUCCUCUGACUACCCUUAUGGCCGAGUUCAGCAUAAUGUAUCUGCACAUUGACAUAGAUGCUUUACAACGUUUUGCCGGCAAACUGGGCGAAGAUAUGGCAAGGCAAAGCUAUCCGGACCUACGUGAUUGGAGCAUGACUCAAGAUGCUCGUAUUGCCGUGUGGCAUGCUGGACAAGUCUUUCGUGCUGUGCACCGUGUUGGCCCUUACCAACUACGGGGCUUUGAUAUCUUCGCUAUUUACUACGCAUCCCUCACCCUCUAUGUAUAUGGACUGCUCGUUUGCGCCCAAAAAAAGUCAACAGAGGCUGUCGAGACCUGGAAGACAGAAAAAUCUGCCCUUGUCUUUCUCGAUGGUCCCAGUAGCCGAGCGACGGAAUCUUUCGUUGCGCACAAUCGGGGUCAACCGGUGUUGACAUACAUAGCAGGUCCCGAUGCUGAAGCAGAUAGAACUUUCUGUAGUCUCCAACAGCCUCGCCUAGUUAUGCGUGUCGCUUUACAAGUUCUGAACAGCAACUUCUCAAAAUUAUCAUCGCUCGGCCCUGCAAACAAUCCUAUUCCACCCCUGGUCAUGAAUCUUCGAGGUCUUCUUCACGAGCUGGCGAACCUACCAUGA